AUUUAAGGUUAGGCAUAAUAUUAGCAGUGUGGUUCGGGUUAGUUUUAAAAUCCCAUUUUAAGACGAGCAAUUGUAGAAAUAGGCGGGGUUUAUGACUUUGUGGCUGUAACAACUAGUGACCACCCAGUAACAUCGGUUACUACUUUUUUUGUUUAAUCCAUAACGGCCUUCGCGGAUUUAUCCGCCUAGCCAUACCCCGUGAUCACCAAAACAACAUAACGUGGUGGAAAGAUGGCGAGCGGAGAGGAGGCUAGAUGCCCCUCUGUUUCUUCCGUACUCGAGGACCUGUUCCCUGCCGGAGGAUCAGAGCAAGUAUGCGGGGAUGGGAACCCUGAGCUCGUGCAACUGCGGGAGCGUCUUCAAGGCUGGCUAUCGCAAUAUGAGCCUUUGCUGUUAUGGAUGCAGAGGCUGCUUGUUUGGGAAAGGCCACUCUACAGCAUAUUUGUUGCUCUCACGCUGAACACCUUGUUCUGGCUUCUGUCUUCGACCUCGCUGCGUCCUCUCUUCCUCCUGAGUCUUUCCAUUCUAGGGCUCAUGCAGCUGGAGAGAUGGAAGCAUAAGUUACCUCUUACAACAGUUCAGUAUCCUGAGGCCAACCCAAUGGAAAGAGAGACCAUGAAUGUGCAACCCCGGCUCCUCAGUAUUCCAGAGCUCAGCCACCACCUGGUGGAGAGCUACCUCUACUGCUGCCUCUUCGUCCAGGAGAUGCUGCAGUACAAAAGGCAGAACCAUGGAAAGUUCUGUGCCAUGAUGUGCUCUGGCUGUUCUGUGCUCGCCGUGGUGGGACACUACGUACCAGGAAUCAUGAUAUCCUAUAUCGUCGCGCUGAGUGUGUUGGUGUGGCCUCUGGUGGUGUACCACGAGCUGAUCCAGCGGAUGUACACAGGCCUGGAGCCCAUUCUGAUGAAACUGGACUACAGCAUGAAGGGAGACACGCAGCACCACAAGCACGAUAAGAGGAAGGUGAAGAAGGAGGUGGAGGAAGGGGAUGAGCCCAGGGCUGAGACAGAGAGCGAGAGCGAGGAGGAGCUGUCCUGCUUUGCCCCCCUGGUGGAUGCAAAGACCACAGCCCUGGCUAUGGCCAUCACCGACUCGGAGCUGUCUGACGAGGAAGCAUCCAUUUUGGAGAGUGGGGGGUUCUCCGUAUCCAGAGCUACCACCCCACAGAUCACAGACGUCUCUGAAGACCCGGACCAGCAGAGUGUGCACAAUGACCCAGAGGAGGCCUUCCUAAGGGACCGAUCUGAAUUCCCCUCGGUUGACGAGUUCCCCAUCGAGCACAGCCUCCUCUAUUUUCCGUUGCGGGGCCCCGGUCAGAGCCAAGGGGACGGGGCUACGGCUGGGGGAAGAGAGCCCUCAGAGGCGGAGCCCAUGAGCCCGGCCAGCCUCCUCCUCCAGCACCUGGCCUCCCCACUCCACUUUGUCAACACACACUUCAACGGACGUGGACGGCCGCCAGGUGGGGACCAGGGACCACUGCUGGGUGCUGGGACAGCGGAGGAGGUGGUGCAUGGGGGGGAAGUGGAGUCCCAGGCCCCGAGGCAGUCACUGGAAGCCCUGAGUGAGGAGAUUGUGAACACGGCAAUCUCCACCGUGGUGCAGAACACUCUGUCGGCCCUGCUACGCUCCACCGAGGACAGCAAGGUCCCCUCAAUCGCAGAUUUCCUGCCCACCGACAUGCCCUCCAGCACCCUGGAAAGUCCCCCUGUCGCCGAGGCAGAAAAGGACCAGGAUGCGGUCGCUGUGGAGACCGAGGAGAGGAGUGCUGAGGAGAUGCCGGACGACAUGUUUGUACCGACCGAGGACGAGGACUUUGAGCUUCUGGACCAAAGUGAACUGGAGGAGAUGGACGAGGACCUGCUGGGUCUUCUCAGUCCUGAUGGACAGGGGAUAGUGGGAGUGGCCUCUCCCACAGACACACCCCCAUCUCCGACGCACCAACCAGAGUCCUUCUAGCGUCCUCAUCACCGCUCAUACCCUACUGUUUUGUUUUAUGUAGAUAUACAUUGUACAGAUAUAUAUGUACACUUAUCAAAGAGUCUGUGGUUAGUGGCAGUUGGUUAGUGAUUGAGAUCACUGUGGUUGAUUCUGCCUUCACACUAUCACUGUGGAUGAGUCCCAAAUGGCACCUAUUCCCUUUACAGUGCUCUACUUUUUACCAGGGCCCAUAGGGCUCUGGUCAAAAGUAGUGCACUAUAGCUAGAAUAGGGUGCCAUUUGGGAUGAAACUUGUGUUUCUCGAGGCUUGGGCUUGAUGGCACCUGUGUUUGACAGGGUUUUAUUGUUUUUAACCAAGGGAACAAGCCAUCUGAGUUUUGGGAACUACUAGUAAUGUGUUUGGGUGGCAGGAGAAGGGUUUGGAGCCUUGUCCCAGAUCUGUUUGUGCUCUAUGUUGUAAUGCCAAAUGGAGUUGGGUAUAUUACAGCACAAUCUGCAAUGGGACCAGAUCUACAACCACCCUUCUCAAAGGAAAUUAUUAAGAUUAUAUGUGGAUGGAUUCUUUGAGAGAAAGAAAAGGUUUUUGUUUUGAUUAUUUUAAUAUAUGAUAUAAAUUAUUUAUUGUCGUCAUGUGGGAAUUUUAAAGUAAUAAAGAUUCUCUAUGGUCAGUAACCCAAGUCGAUACUACAAUCUGCAUUGGAUUUAGAUCUUCAGCAAAAUACAAAUGUUUUCAUCAUGUAUGCACAAAUACGUACAUUUGGGAGUUUCAUUGAAGGCAGUUUAUUGACCAGCAACCCCUCAAGUAAAUUCAGCACUCAAUUGUGAAAUCUCCCAAACAAAACUUAGUACUGCAGUUAUUAGCCAUACACAAAGGACUUAUUUUAACCGUCUAUUAAAAUUACAUUUCAGAUUCACAAUAAUAGGUCUUUGAAAUUUAGGGUGUAUUGGACAUCGUACGCACAAAUACAUGUUUGGGAGUUUUAUCGAAGGCAAUUUAAUGACCAGCAGCCCCUCAAGUAAGUUCCACACUAAGCAAGAUUGGGAGAUUUCACAAACAAUAAUACAUCUCUUUUUUUUAACCAGGUGAUGAUAAAUAAAUAUUUUAUAUACAAAACGUA